AAACGACAUUUCCCAACAGACGAGCGCGACAGUAUAGCGACAGCAUGGAUGCUGCCGAACGCGUUUACACCGACAACGUACUGCCAGGCGACGCUGAAGGCGCAAGGCAACUCCUGUCGCAGUUACACGACCACAAGCGAGCCAUCCUCGAGGCAUCAAUGUACACGCUGCAGGAGGCUCAGGCCCUCCUUGCGCGGCUCAGGGGCCUGGCCACUGAGGGCGCCACCCUCGAUUCGAGGCCGCAGCAUAUCAAGACCAACAUUGAGUUUGCCUGCUCCCAAAUCGAGCAUUACCUGGAGUCACUGCACGACCGAAGGAGAUUCCUAGAUGGACUCUUCUCUGCAAGAAAGCACCAUCUGGAGCAGUGCCUCGCUUUGUGUCUUCUGUACCAGGACCUGACCGAAGCGGUAACUUCUCUAAAGCAACUGCGCGAUGAAGUUUCCGAACAUCAGGGUCUUGGAGAAUCUCAGGGUAAUGCAGAGAUUCUCCUCCACGAACAUCUCAGGAGAGAGACAGCUGCCAAGGAACAGCAGGACAAGUGCAUCCGGCUGCUGAAGACUGCAGAGCGCAUGGCAUCUGGAGGGCACUACGCCGGCCUGGAGGCUCGCUCCAGAGCCUAUUCGGUCUUGGAGGCUGCCACAGCUCUGCAUGAGACAUGUGACACACGCACUGCUCUUCUCCAGCAGUCCAUUCUCUUCUUCAAGCUAGCCCAGACGGCCAUGACCAAGUUGGACCAGGCUGAAGUGCAGGUGGCCAGUUUGGGUGGUGAAGGAGCACAGCGACUCUCCCUCGUGGUUGGGGUGGUGGAGGAAGCCAUUCAGCCAGCACUCGCUGAAGGAUAUGCCAUCCUGGAGGUUACAGGAGGAAGGAAUCAACCCCAUAACUUGGGUAUUUCACUUGUGGUUGAGGAGCUUGAACGACGUAGAAGUCAUUUGUCUUCCAUUUGUGUUUCCUCAACCGAACAAGUUUUGCAACGAACAGAACUCUCUAAUGCCUUCCUUGAACAAUAUAACACUAUCGAGUCCUGGCUGGUCAGAAUUGGAGAUGCCUUUCUGCAGGGUCAUCAAGACCCAGGUGGCUCUCUUAGUCUAGCCAGGGACUUCCUCCACCUCCAUCAAACCCUUAAUAACGAUGUUAUGGAAAAGAAACGCGAAAUCGAUUCUCUCGACACAUUCUUGUCAAAGCUUUUACCAGAUUUAUCUGAGGAGGAGGCAGCAGGCUAUCAAGAGAAAAUGCAAGCCUUGAAAGACCAUUGGGAUGCAUUGAAGAAAGUACUUGAUAUUCGUAUUGCAAUCAGUGACAAAUAUGUGAAGUUCCAUGAGGAUGCUGAGGCUGUAAAUAAUGAACAUGAGAGCCUUGAGAAGCUCCUUAAAGAAGCACACGGAGAGGAUAUUGUUCCUCAAGUUGAAGCUAAAUGGGAACAAGUGCAGAAGUUGUAUCUUGAUCUUUGCAACAAUGGAAAAGCUUUUUGUCAAGAUGUUAAGAAUGUUGAAGAUCCCUUCUUGGAUACAAAUCGGGCUGUGUUAUGUGUAGAGAAUAUUUUGGAGCAACUUGGCAAGAGGCGUCUUGUCAUUACUGACUUGCAUUCACACUUCCAUAUGAAGAUCACCACAACUAAAGAGAUGUUGAUAUUAUGGAACACUUAUAGAGAUAAUGUCAUAAAGAUGCAAUCAGAAAUGUCUAGUAUGGAGACAGACUUUUGUCCAUUAUUAAGAGGAGAUCCAGCUGACCCAGAGGAUAUAGCCAGUACUCUUGAACAGAGGUUGAGUGUUUAUGUGUCAGCUGUGAAGAAAACUCAGGAGGAUAUUCAGAAUAUGAUGACAAGAGCAGAAGUUAUGUCAUAUAAAGGUGAUCAAGGAGGUCAGCGAGAUGAAGUUAUUGGAGCCCUUCUGCAACUCUAUCAGAAUCUGCAGAACAAAGCCACUGAAUACCAAAUCUUGGGGCACAUGCUAAUCCAGUGGUGCAGAAAUAUAGCUGAGAUUCACCGAUCUUGUGACAAACUGGAGUCACAAUUUGGUAAUGUCAGUCUUGAUAUUGGAGGUAUAGAAGGUCAGCUUUUGGAACAUGAGGCUUCCAAACAAGCUGUUCUGGAAUUGCUCAAAUUUGCUCAAAAUGAAUCAGCAAGUAUUGUGACCAAGAUCAAGGAACAGUGUCCCCCUGAUGCUGGAGCAAAGGAUAUUGGCAUGAUCAAUGAAAUGUUGGAAAGACGUGGCAGAGUCUUUGAAACUGUAUGGUCCCAUCAUCAACAAAUGCUUGAAAGGCAACUCAAGCGUUCACAAUAUCAUGUAGAUUUACAGGUUAUCAGCGACCAGCUUCGUGAUUUAAGUGAACAGCUAGGUCGCAUGCGAGGUCAUUAUGGUGAUUCCUUGGCUGCUGCCAAGAACAUGCAGACUGCAUUCACACAGUUUAAGAUCACUGUUGAUAUGCUACAAAGACGUAUCCAAACAUUUGUAAGCACAGCUGUUAAAAUGCUUGGACAAGAGGAUGAUUCAGGUGAAGUACAACAAGAACUUGCUGAGUUGGAGAAGAAAUGGUCUACCUUCCAGAGGCAGGUUGGGGAGUCAGAGAAGUCUAUUGAACUGUCUAUUGACUUCUUCAAACUUGUUGAGGAGGCUGAAGAUUGGUUUAAGGAUGGAAGUAAACUCCUGGUAACUGUAGCUGGUGAAUCAUCUAACAUCCAAAACCCAGAUCAGGCUCAGAAACUCAGGAAACGUAUUGAGCACUUCCUACAUCCAGGAGAGCAAGCUCAGGCAGAGAGAAUUACAAAGAUAUCCUCACUUGCCCUUCAACUGUAUGGUUCAUCUGCUCCCAGACAGAUUGAAGUUGUAUCUCACCAGAAUACACACAUGCUUGAAAGCUUUAAUGUCAUCAACCGUAACCUUGAAAUGCUGAUUAUAAACCUGAAAAGUGCAGAAGAUCUCAGAGAAAAGCAGAAGAAGGAAAAGGAAGAACUUGCAGCUUCACUCACAGCUGCACAGGCUGAAGCUGAGGCUGCAAGAUUGAGAGCAGCAGCAGCAGAAGAAGCUAGAAGGGCUGCAGAAGAGGUGGCAAGAACCAUGGCAAUACCUGUAGAGCCUAUUGUUCCAGAAAGGGUUGAGAUUGAGAUCCAGACAGAAGCCAUCCCUCUGCCACCUGAGGAGCCCCAGAAGCCUGAGGAAACACCACCUGCCAAGAAGGCCAAGCUGAUUGAUGAUGAGCCACAGCACAUGCCUCCAGUCUUCAUGACACCGCUUGUGGGGGCCACAGUCUCGGAGGGAGUCAAAUUCUCCUUUGAGUGCAGGGUUAUUGGAUUCCCAAUGCCUGAGGUUGAGUGGCUCAAGGACAACAUGAGUAUCUCUGGAAACCCAGAUUAUAAAACAAGCUUUGAAGAAGGUGUAUGUACCCUUACUAUUGAAGAAACAUUCACUGAGGACUCUGCCCUUUUCACAUGCAAGGCAGUUAAUGCUGCUGGUAUGGCAGAAACUUCUGCAACACUCACUGUUAAGGAAGCAGAAGCAGUGGAGGUGAUGGCACCACCAUUAUUCACAAAGAGACUUGUAGAUUCAGCAGCUGAAGAAGGCUCUUCAUAUCAGCUUGAGGCAACAGUAGAAGGUCAUCCACUCCCAGUUGUUUCUUGGUCAAAAGAUGGAAAAUGUGUGGAUGAAUCUCCAGAUUAUGUCAUUACCUUCAACAACGGUGAAUGUAUGCUCAGAUUUGAGGAAGUCUUUGUGGAGGAUCAGGCUGAGUACCAAUGCAAAGCUACCAAUGAUCUGGGUGAAGAUAUUACUAAAGCCAGGCUUACUGUCACAGCGGUGGAACUCUCUGAACGGCCAAAAUUCACAAUGUUCUUGAGCAAUGUGAUGGCAAGAGCUGGACAGAAGUUUAAAUUGGAAUGCCAAGUUACAGGGAACCCAACUCCUACUAUCACCUGGUUCCACAACAAUAAACCAGUCAAGGAAACACCAGACUGUAGGUUGACAUUUGAUGGUCAAACAGCCACUUUAGUGAUGUCUGAAGCCUUCCCUAAGAAUGCUGGCACUUAUACUGUUGUGGCAAAGAACUCUGCUGGAGAAGCUCAGUGUUCAGCAAAUGUGUCUGUAAAGGGUCGCAUUCCAACUGAGACAAGUGACUCUGAGGUGGCAUCAGACAUAGAUGCAGAACCAGUAAAGCCUUCAGUACAACUUCCCUUGAAAGAUACCAGUAUACAAGAAGGGAGGCCAGCCCGUCUUGACUGUGUUAUUGUUGGUCAGCCUGAGCCAGAGGUUAUUUGGUACCAUGAUGACAAGCCAGUUAAGGAGUCCAAUGACUUCAAGUUGCUGUUUCAUGGUGAUCGUUGUUCCUUGAUAAUACAAGAAGCAUUCUUGGAGGAUGCGGGCAUAUACAGGGUAGUAGCAAUGAACUCUGCUGGUGAAGCAUCAACUGCAUGUUUUCUAAAUGUAGAACCUGUUCCUGAACUGGCACCCCCAUCUGAACCAGAAGCUCCCACUGUGGCACCACGUUUCUCUCAGCUGUUAACAGACAGUCAUGUCACAGAAGGAAAGCCAAUCACUCUUCGUGCUUCAGUGACUGGCGAACCUGCUCCUACUAUAGCAUGGUUUAAGGAUGGUGUGCCACUUCUUCCUGAUAAUGAGUUCCAGAUCCAGGAGAAUCCAGAUGGUAGUCUCAUUGUUCAUAUUAAUGCUGCAACACUUGACCACACUGGACAGUAUGAAAUAGUUGCAUCCAAUGCAGCAGGGACAGCAAAGUGUGUGGCUUAUCUGAGCAUAGAACCUCGUCUCCCAACACCUCCACCUCCAGAGCACCAGGAACCUCCUGUCUUUACCAAACUUAUUCAAGAUGUGACAGUGACAUCUGGUAACGGUGUCAUAUUUGAAGCUGAUGUCACAGGGGUCCCGAAGCCUACGGUAUACUGGACACUGAAUGACUGCCAUCUCACUGGUCAAGAAUAUUUGCAUGGACAACUGCAGUAUCUUAUUGGCAACCGAGGAAGUGUCCAUUCUCUGGAGUUACCUACAACAUCCAAACUUCAAGCAGGUAUCAUCACUAUUGUUGCCGAAAAUGCUGCAGGAAAAGCAGUAUCUGCGGCAACUCUUAAAAUUCUAGAUCCACCAACAGCAGUAGCGAAACCAGCAGCAAUGGAGCCUCAAGGGAAACCGCACCCGCAGCACCAUGUGAAGGAGGAGAGCUACACAUCAUCCACAACAUCAUCCUCAACCAUGUUCCAACAAUCCAGUAUGGUGGAAACCAGCCACAUAACCAAGGUUGUCAUGAGUAGUGGAGGUAUGGAUGAGAAGAAGCAUAGCAUGUCUGCAGCCUCUACUUCACAGGUCAAGAAGGUCUCUGGACAGCCAGCAACAGAGGUUCACAAAGCACAUUUCCAGGAGGUGAGGCAAGAUGGGACUGCACCAGCUGCGGUCAGUGAUAAAGUAAGCAUGGUAAAGGUUGAGGGUGACAAAGUGGUCCAGCAGGUGAGCCAAGAUUCUGGCACUGUUUUUGUCACUCCUCCUCCAAAGAAAUUUGCAACAGGCAAGAGGAAGGCUGCCCCUGCAAGAUUCAUCACACCUCUUCAGAGUAUCAUUGCCAAAGAGGAUGACCGAAUUGUUCUGGAAAGCACAAUUGAUGGUUAUCCAGAGCCAUCUGUAACAUGGACCCAUAAUGAUGGCCCUCUCAAGGAUGAUAUUCAAGUUAAGACUCAGUUAAACAAAACAUCACUGACCAUUCCCAGGGUCAACCAAGGCCAUAGCGGACAUUAUACCUGCUUCAUACAGAAUGAAGGUGGCUCUUCCCAGUGCACCUGUGAUGUUAUAAUCAAGAAGAAACAGUUCCCACCAGUGAUAUCGAAACGGCUGCAACCUGUUGUGGUGGGUGUAAACGAACGACUACACAUGGAGAUCGAUGUGACAGGUACCCCCCUACCUGAAGUUUCAUGGAUGAAGGAUGGUCAACCACUUACUCCUAGUGAUCUCUUAACUCAGCGCUCUGAGGGUACUAGACACCUUCUCAUCAUCCAGGAAGCUCAGUUAGAUGAUUCUGGUCGGUAUGGUGCUAUUGCUACCAAUCCUGCUGGUCGAGCAGAGACUUUGGCAGAUGUUAUGGUGACACAGCUGAUCAUGGAUGAAAAACCUCAGACACACAAGAUUGUCUUUACAGAUAUUACUGAUGAAACUAAGAUGUUUACUAGCAGGUCAGAAGAGGUCCGUGAGGAAAGGCGUGGAGGAGCCCAAGGUACUAAGCCCACUCCAGAAACUAAACCAACAAAAGAAGAAAAGAAACCAAAAUAUGAAGAGUUCAGAAGAGAAACUCACGGACACCCAGGAACAUCAGGUCCCUAUUCUGAAGACAGUUAUUAUGCUAUGAAGGAUGAGAGUGAUAUUUCUACUGAAGGGGGAAGAACUAAGAAGAAAGUUGAGAUGAAAACUGAAACACAUGUAGAGGUAAUGUCAGACAAGAAGGUUGAGGUCUUCGAAAGCACAAGUGUUAAUGUUUCACCAAAACCCAAGAAAAAGCAAGUGGUGAAAAUGGAACAGAAACAUGAAGUGAAGGCAAUUCAAGAUUCAAGACCUGCUGAGACAUCUGCCCCUGUUCCUGCUUCAGAACCAAAAGUGAAGUUUACACCUCUAGCAGAAGCAAAAAUAAGUGAAAAAGAAAUUAAGGUAUCAUCGGUUAGUGAGCAUAAGGAGCAUUUAGUAAAGCAAUCAUUUACAUCAGAAAAACAAGUCUUACCACAGCAAGUUGUCAAGCCAGUGAAAAAGGUGAGUCUAAAAACUGAGCCUAAGGAGGGUGUGAAAGCACCUAUAAAAGUCCCAAAAAUUGAACCACUUAAAUCUACUGGUCUUGUAAAACAGGCAGUCACUAUCCAAGAAAAAGAAAAGAUAGAAUUAGAUUUGAAGCCUUUCCCAUUUGAACCUGAGCCAGAGAAACCAAAGAAGCCAAGAGGACAUCCACCUUCCCAUCCAAGCAAGUUUAAGAAAGGGGAAUUCCAUGAGAGUGACUAUGAUAGUGAUUAUGAAGGAAAAAUAGCACCUAAAUGGAAACCUGCAGACAGUGAUGCUGAAGAAAAUGUUUAUGGCAAAGUUCAGCCACCACUUGGGAAAGGCAAAGUGUCACAGCCACACGUGAGAACACCUACACCUCCAUCAGCUUUUGAUCAGCCACCACAAUUUGAAGGACCAGCAAGGCCUAAAAUUGAUUUUCCUGAAUCAGAAACUGAGCCAGAACGGGAUGUGUCACCAGAGAUAGUCAUUCCAGAGAAAGUAGAGUAUGUAGCUCCUCCUGAACCCCCAAAAGUUGCACCAAAAGAGCCCAAAAUUUUCAGGUCGCAGCCACCUAAAAAAGAACUUCCUAAAAAGGAACCACCUAAAAAAGAACCUCCACCUAGAUCACCAUCACCUGUUCUGCAGCCUGGUACUCCUCCUGAAGAACUUUAUGCUGAAUCUAAGCCUAAAGAGUCACCAUUUUCAAAUGCAAUUGGGGUUGAGUCAACAAAGAUAACAAAGAUAGCAGACUCUAGUGCUUAUCACAAACGCUUUGUUACUAUGCAGCAAACAACUAGAGUUAUAAAAUUCACUGAUUCUAGGACUGCAACAACUUCAACUGAAAGUCAACAGACAUCAUCCUCCGAAAGGAAGUCAAGGUCUACUAAAAGAGAAGAACCUAGAAGGGAACCACUACCAGCUUUAGAACCUUUCCCAUUCGCUCCUGAUCCACCAAAGCCAAAGAAAGAUAGGGGUGUACCACCACCAAAACCCAAAAAGUUCCAGAAAGGUGAAUUUAAUGAGAGUGACUAUGAAAGUGACUAUGAAAGUCGUAUCCGACCAAAGUGGCAACCUCCUGAGAGUGAUGUCGAAGAUCCAAAUUACACAAAAGUUAAGCCACAGUUGAGGUCUGACAGGACACCCUCAAAAACAAGAGAGAGAACACCAACUCCUCCUACAGUUUUUGAUGUUCCACCAGAAGAAGGACCUUGGCGUCCAUCUGUUGAGAGGGUUGAAAUUACUGUAGAGAGUGUUCCAAGCACAGAGGUUCAUAUCCCCAAGGAGGUACUGAAAAAGGAAAUGCAAAAGAAAGUUGUUGUAAAGGCCACAAAGUCUACUGAGAAACCUCCAGAACGUCCAGUAUCACCAGAGCUGCCUCCUCCAGGGACUCCACCAGAAGAAGGGGUCAUUAUUCAGCAAACUGAGUAUGUAGUUGAUAAAGUAGAUGUAAAGUCAAGAAUUUUACCUCCCCCAAUGCAAGAAGUGCAGACUUAUGAAGAAAAGCCUUACACAAAAAUUAUUGAAAGAACAGAGAAAACAUUCACUGAUAUUAAGCUGGAAGAAGAAAUGAGAAUGAGGAAGGAGAAAAUGGAAAGGAAAACAACCACUGAAACUGAUUAUGAGCAAGUUCCAGAACGACCUCCUCCCCCAGUUGAAGAAGAGCAUGUGGUUGUAGAAACUGAAAGGGUCAUGGACCUGGAACCAUUCCCAUUCACAGUUGAGGAGCCAAAACCUAAGAAAGAGAGAGGCCCACCUCCACCAAAACCAAAGAAGUUUUAUAAGGGAGAGUUUAGGGAGAGUGAUUAUGAAAGUGAUUAUGAAGGAAGGCUAAAACCAAAGUGGAAACCAGCCGACAGUGAUGUAGAAGACCCAGAAUACACUCCAGUCAGACCUCCUCCACCCAGAGAACGAACAGUUUCUAAGAGUAGAGACCGAACUCCAACUCCUCCAUCUAAAUUUGAUGUCCCGCCUACAUCAGAUGAACCAUUGAGGCCAGUAAUUAAACCUAUAGAUCAGCCUCUUGUGCAAGCAUUUAAGGAAACAUCUCCAGAAAUCAUCAUUCCAAAGAUUGAGGAAAAGAAGGUAAGUAAGACUCCAAAGGUGGUUCCAAAAGCUCCUUCAAUAAAGGUAAAACAGGAAGAGCCGGAAAGGCCCAAAGUGCCAUCCCCUCCCCUACCCGAGCCAGGACCACAACCUGAAAUUGGAUAUGUUGAAGGUGGAACAGCAACUAUUGUUCAGGAAGAAGAGGAUGCACACAUUCGAAUGAUUAAGAAAAAGAUUGAAGCUAAGAAAGGUUUCCAGAUAGAUAUUGAUAUUACAGAUAUAUAUGACUUUGUAUCUGAGUCAGAGCUUGAUAAAACAGAUACAGAAUCAGGAAAGGGGAAGCAAUUCCCUAAAUUAGAACCGUUCCCCUAUGAACCAGAGCCACACAGACCAAAACGGGAAAGAGGUCCUCCACCACCUCAACCAAAGAAAUUCUUCAAAGGAGAGUUCAGAGGCAGUGACUACGAAAGUGAUUAUGACAGCAGGCCAAUUGCUCCCAAGUGGCUUCCUCCUGAUAGUGAAGGGGAAGAGCCAAUGUAUAGACGAGUUGCACCCCCUGCUGGGGAUCCUGGCAAGCGUCGAAGUGAAUCUUCAGGCAGGGAUCCAUCACCUCCUUCCAAGUUUGAUCAACCCCCUCAAUUUGAAGGUCCUCCACGCCCAGUGGUGGAACUUUCAGAUAUACCAAGAAGGGAAAGACGUGAGUCCUUGGAAGAGUACUCCAUACCCCGGUUCCCUAAAGUAGAAUUCAAACCAUUUGAUCUGGAAGAUGAAAACAGACACCAUCCUCACAUUUCUCAUACAGAUACUGAAACGGAACCAGAGGCACUUACACAGCCUUUAUCACCAACCAAAACUGGCAUUGACAAAAAGUAUGCUAAGUCUGCACAGAAGGUAGUUAGCCACCAGUUUGAGGACAUGACACAGACAUUCCGCCACAAAGCCCAGAAAUUUGCUGAGCAGCUAGUGACUGAGGUAUUUGCUGCCAGGGAGGGCUCAGUUCCAGCUGAGCCAGCAGGUGAACCUCCAUCCAUGCCCGAAGAACUCAGAAAGCAAUCUGUCUCACCAGACUCCACUGCUGCACCUCCUACUACUGCUGAUGGACUUGCAACUGAUGUCCAGGAACCCCAGGCCUAUAGGGAUGAAUCCAGGGUCUCUGAAUUUGGCACAAAACACAUUGAUCCAGACACAGGUCUGAUCUACUUCAAAUAUGACUUUGGAUAUGAAUUUGGAGUAAUUCUACCUGGAGAAGCAAAGAAGUUGGAAAAGAAGAAAGAAGUUAAUGGUGAUCGCACCACAGACAUCCCUAUACCAGUAAUUCAUGAGAAAUCUGGUACUUCCUGCAAAUCUGAGAUAAGCAGCGCCAAGACAAAUGGACACAUACAGACACCACAGGAAGCAUCCUUGCAAGAAGAGCCUCCUCACACAACAGGGAAGACUUUAUCAACAGAGGCUCCAGAAGACCACACAUCUCCUCAGCCAUCACUGCAAUCAGACAUCUCGGAAACAGACCGUGAGUAUCAGCAGUAUAUGGGCAAGAUGAUUCCUGAAUUUGUGCCCAAGAAGCAAUCGCAGUUCCGUCCCAUUUCGGGUGACCCAUACUCAGACAGCGAGGCUGAGUCUGAUCACCCAAGUCCAACCAAGAUCUCAGAGCCAGUUCAUGGUAUUGAUACAGGCCCUAAGAGAUUUAUGCCUUUGGUUCCCGGUGCAGCAGUUCAACCCAAGUCAGUACGCCCCAUCCACGAUGCUCCAGUGGAUCCGCUCAGCACUGUCGCAGAACUGGGAGCACCUGGGUCCCCCCUCAGCGCUACCCCCCCUUCCACGCCCUCAACACCCCGCUCUGGUCCUCUUACACAGCCCAAACGCCCUCCACAUUACAUCACGCCAUUACGCGAUCUGGCGGUAUUGGUGGGAGAGACUCUGCGUCUAGAAUGCGUGGUGCAGGCAGAUCCACCAGUGCAAGUCACGUGGUCCAAAGGGGGCAGCGUACUUCAGAACGGGCCAGAUUACCAGAUAGUGUACAGAAACGGUGUUUGUAGGCUGAUCAUUCCUCAGGUGCUCCCAGAGGAUGAGGGGGUGUAUACCUGUACAGCUGUAAACCUUUUGGGGGUGGACUCCACCAGCGCCACAGUCUGCAUUACAGUCCAGCAGGGCGUACAGAGGAUCCAAGGUCCCACCCAGAUGAUGCCCGUGGGUCUGCCAGCCGGGGCGUCACCACCAGUGUUCGAGCAGAUCUUCCGAAAUGCUCGCUUUGCCCAGGGCGGCGAUGCCAUGUUCGAGGGCAAAGUCCAGGGCAAUCCGAAGCCCACCGUCACCUGGACCCGUAAGGGUGCACAGAUCGUGUCCGGAAACAAAUAUCAGGUGACACACGAUGAGAACACAGGUGUGGUGACCCUUAAUAUCACCGCCAUCGGCCCCGGCGACGAGGGCGAGUACACUUGCACAGCAGCCAACCAAUACGGCGAGGCCAUCUGCACCGUCUAUAUCCAGCCUGAGGCGGCCUACAUGAUGCAGCAACAACGUCAGUCCAUGCAGAUGCAACAAAGUAAGUCCAUGAUGCAGCAACAACAGAUGUCGCAAACAUUUUCGCAGCAGCAGCAACAUAUGAUGUCGGUGCAAAAUGGACAUAUGGAGUCGUUCCGCGUGGACACCUUCGAAUACAGACUGCUUCAUGAAGUGGAGUUCCGUCGCUCUCUGACAAUCACCGUGGCUGGAGAGCUGGAGGUGGACCUUGGCGCUAUCCAGGGUCCUCCUCAGGCUCCUCAGCUCCAGCAGAAGCCACGUUCCACUAAGGUCUCCGACGGAGGCAACGCCACCUUCACCGUCAACGUUAACGGCUACCCGACUCCCAGGGUUAUCUGGUUUAAGAACGGCGUCGGUCUUCAGCAAAGCGACAAAUACCUGAUGACUCAGUCCGCCGGCCAGGUGACCCUGGUGGUGAAGCAGGUGAACUCACAGGACAGCGGCUACUACACAAUGCUGGCCGAGAACUCCUCUGGGUGCACCGUGGCUUCCGCUCAGCUAGCUGUGGUGCCCCGGGGCGAGGUCACUAACGGCGCUCCAUCUCCUGAAGUUAUCCGUCCUGAACGGAUUGAGCAGCAGCAGGCUCAACAGCAAAUGGAGGUGGACGUCGGAGAGGAAAGCAGCAAGUCCUUGGAACCCAAGUUCGUCCGAGGCCCCGCUGACCGCGAAAUCCAGGAGGGCAAAAUGGUGCGCUUCGACGCCCGCUGCUCCGGCAGACCCUAUCCUGAGGUCACUUGGUACAUCAAUGGCCAGCUGGUAGUAGACGAUGCCACCCACAAGGUUUUAGUUAACGAGGCAGGUAACCACUCCCUCAUGAUCAGCAAGGCUUCCCUUAGCGAUGCCGGCGUCAUCACCUGCGUCGCCAAGAACAAGUCUGGCGAAGCUAACUUCCAGUGCCAGCUUAACGUGCUGGAGAUGCAGCAGAUGGUCGCCCCCAAAUUCGUGGAGAGAUUCCAACAGGGCGCCGUGGCCGAGGGAGAGACGGUUGUUCUUCAGUGCCGUGCCGUCGGGACUCCCAUGCCCUUCCUCACAUGGCAGAAGGACGGAGUCUCCGUUGAGAAUAACCCUAAUGUCAUGGUUCAGAGUGACCAGAACGGCGCAUCGACACUGCAGAUCCUGAGUGCCAGCGCCUCUGACGCCGGCUGGUAUCAGUGCAACGCUCAGAACUCCGCCGGCUCCGCGGCCACCCGCGCCCGUCUCCACGUGCAGUCCACCAAGACUUCCGGCCCCGCCCAACCUCAGAGGCCCCACUUCCCGAGGCCCGUCAAAUUCAUCGAACCUGAACCCGAACCCGAACCUGAGGUGAUCAUGCUGCGCCCCGUCGAGAGGGCCCACCACGUGCCUAAGGCCCCCGAGGAGGAGCAGCCCGUUGAACCCCCCAAGUUCACCCAUCCCCUGAGGGAUAUCGACAUCGUCGAGGGCACCCGCGCCCACUUCGAGGCCAAGGUGACCCCCGUCGGCGACGCCACCAUGAACAUUGAGUGGCUCAUUGACGGCAAGCCCCUUGCUGCCAGCUCCCGAGCGACUGUCACUUACCGCUUCGGCUUCGUGGCCCUUGACAUCCUCAACGUGAUCAAGGCCGACGCUGGCGUGUACACCUGCCGUGCCACCAAUGCCAAGGGGCAGGCCGAGACUUCCGCAAAUCUUAGGAUUACAGAGCGCCCCCUGAUUGAAAGCCAGACUCAGCACCCCGAGGCGCUGCAGCAGAUCAGCUACCUGGAGGACCAGUCCAGGUACCAGCGCACCGUCUCCAUCGAGGAAUCUACCACGAUCAAGCCCUCCUUCGUCAAGCCUCUCGCCAACCUGGGCGAAGUCAUGGAGGGAAAAUAUGCUCACUUCGAGGCUCAACUUCACCCCGUCAGCGAUCCCUUCAUGAGGAUCGAAUGGUUCAAGGAUGGAAAACCCAUCACUGCCAGUUCUCGCAUCAAUGUAAUCUACAACUUCGGUUAUGUGGCUCUUAACAUCAUGCACCUUCGUCCUGAGGACAGCGGCACCUAUACCGUGCGUGCCACGAACAAGGCAGGAGAGUGCCAGUGCCAGGCUUCCAUUCAAGUUAUUACUCUGUCCAGCGUCACAGGAGACCUUGGCAUCCCCGAACAAGCUCAGCAUAUCAGGAGUGUUGAGGAGAUGGAGGCUUACAGGCUCCAAAUGCAACAGAGAACUGCUCAGGAAAUCGCGGAGGCUGCUACUGCUCCCGUAUUCAAGACAGAGCUCAAGGACGCCACGGCUCGGGAGGGCGGCUAUGCCCACUUCGAGGCCCGCUUGGAGCCCAUUGGUGAUCCUAACCUCAAAGUCGAGUGGCUGAAGGACGGACGUCCCAUUGAAGCAAGUUCUCGUAUUACAUCUUUCUUCAAUUUUGGCUAUGUUGCCUUGACUGUGAAGGCCCUUAUUAUCAAGGACGCAGGAACCUACACCUGCGUUGCCAAAAACAGCAAGGGUGAGGCUCAGGUCACUGCUCAGCUCACUGUCCUCUCCAAGACUGACACCGAAGUAGAGACUCAGUACCAGGAAACGGUCGCUAAGAUGCAAUACUUGGAGGAUUCCACCCGCUACCAGAAAACAGAGACUGAGGAGACAUCCGCAGUCACAAUGCCCCCCAAAUUCUUGGGUCCCCUCAAGGGAACCAACAAGAUUGUUGAGGGACAGAAGGCUCACUUCGAGAUCCGCCUUGAGCCCCAGAGUGACCCAACCAUGACCGUUGAGUGGUACUUCAAUGGGCAGGUGAUCAUGUCUGCUUCUCGCAUCAAGACUUACCACGACUUCGGCUACGUGUCACUUGACAUUUCUGACGUCCGUCAGUCUGAUGCUGGUCAGUACACCGUUUUGGCUCGCAAUGCUCUCGGCCAGGCACAGAUGUCCAGCGUCAUGACCGUUGAGACACGCUCGGCCAUCGACACAACUUCUAUGCAUGAGGUGACACUGAGCAAGACCAGUGCGAUGGAACGUCGUCAUCAGGAGCCUCAGUAUGACAUUGAGGAGAUUUCAAGGUCCAAGCCUGAAUUCACACAGCUUCUGUCUGAUCCCAAGCCCUUGCCAGAGGGUAAGAAUGUCCAUCUGGAAGCUCGUUUGGAACCCAUGAACGACCCAACCAUGAAGGUCGAGUGGUUCUUCAAUGGAAAGCCCAUCACCAUUGGUUCCCGCUUCAAGACCUACUUCGAUUUUGGCUUCGUUGCUCUCGAUAUUAUCGGAGCUUACACCACUGACUCCGGCGAGUACACCUGUCGCGCCGAAAACAUGCUUGGCAGCGCACACACUUCAUCAUGUGUUCGCGUCAUUGGUACCGGCGACGUUCUCUCUGAAUCCAUGCACGACAACGCCAUGGAGCAGAUCCAUUACCUGGAAGAUGCUUCGCGCCAUCAGCGCUCCCUGCAUGAGCAAACAGAGAUUAAUGAAGCCCCCUCAUUCGUCAAGUCCCUGAAGAAUAUUGAAACCAUUGAAGGCACCAACAUUCAUCUUGAGGCCCGUCUGAAGCCUGUAGGAGACUCAUCUAUGAGGAUCGACUGGUUCUUCAAUGAUGAACCACUUAAAGUUGGACAUCGUUUCAGGCCUGCAUAUGAUUUCGACUAUGUAGCCCUGGAUCUUUUGAGUGUGUAUCCUAUAGACUCCGGCAUUUAUACUUGCAGGGCUACUAACAAACUCGGACAGGCUGUCACCUCAGCUUCGGUCAAAGUCACGGCCAAGAAGGAUCUAGUGUUCGACUCAGAGCACCCAGAUAGUCUGCAGAAACUUCAGUACCUCGAUGAUAGUUCACGGUACCAAAGGCGAGAAACUUUGGAGGAAGUUUCCGUGAAAAUCAAGCCCCGUUUCCUCACCCAACUAAAGAGCGUGACGCUGAAGGAGGGCAUGAAUGCGCACUUCGAGGCCAAGAUCGAACCUAUCACCGACCCGAACCUCAGGAUUGACUGGUACAGGAACGGAAUGCCGAUCCAGCUUGGCUCGCGUUUCCGCCUGAUCCACGACUUCGGAUACGUGGCUUUAGAUAUAUCGCGCGUGAUCGAGGAGGACUCCGGCACGUACACUUGCGUGGCGACCAACUUGAUGGGCAAAGAUGAGAUCACGUCCGACCUUAAGGUUUUGAAUUCUGCGAGCAUCGUGAUGGAGUCCCAGAACCAGACCAUGACGAUGGAGCAGCUGCAGAUGCUGGAAGACCGCAGCAAAUACUCCCGCACUGAGCAGGUCGAGGAGACCACCAAGCAGACUCCCGUCUUCACCACGUCCCUGAAGAAUAUCGAGAUCCUUGAGGGCCAGCGCGCCCACUUCGAACUGAAGCUCAUCCCCACCUCCGACCCUACCAUGAAGGUGGAGUGGUUCCAUAACAACGUCCCUGUGAAGAGUGGUUCUCGCUUCACCGAGUACAACGACUUCGGCUUCGUUGCUUUGGACAUCAUGUACUGCUACGCCGAGGACUCUGGUACCUACACCUGCGUGGCUACCAACUGCAUGGGCCAGGCUAUGUCGACUGGCAAUCUCGUGUGCCAUACGAAGGAAACCAUCCUGUCAGACACCAUGAACCAAGAGGCCAUGAGCAAGAUCUCCCGCCUGGAAUCCUCUCGCACCCAGCGAACCAUCACCACCGAGGAGAUCACCAUGCAGGCCCCUGUGUUCACCGCGCCUCUCAAGGACCAGCAGCUCAUCGAGAACGCUCCUCUCCACUUCGAGGCCCGUCUCAUUCCCGUCGGCGACCCCGACCUCAAGGUCGAAUGGUUCAAGAACAACGUGCCAAUCCAGCAGGCGAACCGCAUUUCCACCAUGCACGACUUCGGCUACGUCGCCCUCGACAUGAAGUACGUCAACCCAGAGGACUCCGGCACCUACACCUGCCGCGCCACCAACCGUCUGGGUCAGGCCGUCACCACAGCCUCGCUUGUCGUGACAUCCAAGGAAGCCCUUCUCCUGGAAACCCAGCACAGCGAAGCCCUGGAGAAGCUCCGCUAUCUCGAAGAUUCCUCCCGCUACACCAAGUCCACCACCGAGGAGACUGUGGUCACUCAGGCUCCCAAGUUUGUGGUGAAGCUCUCGGGCCUGACCAAGCUGUGGGAGGGCCAGAGUGCUCACGUCGAGUGCCGCCUCGAGCCCUACCCCGACCCCAGCAUGAAGGUCGAGUGGUUCCACAACGGCCAGGCUCUUCAGGUUGGCCACAGGUUCAGGACAAUGUAUGACUUCGGCUUCUGCGCCAUGGAUAUCCUCCAAGCAGUGGCUGAAGACUCUGGCACUUACGAAGUCAGGGCUACCAACCGCAUCGGAACAGCCACGUCAUCAAUUACCAUUGAAGUUAAGCCCAAGAGCGACUUCAUUGUAGAGACGCAGCACCCUGAGGCCAUGGCCAAGAUCACCAGGCUGGAACAGAAGGCCCCUCACAGACUGCCUGAGGACUCCGUGGUGAUCGAGAAGCCCAACUUCGGCCGCCCUCUGAGGAACCAGGACCAUCUGAUUGAGGGCCAAUCCAUCCACAUGGAGGCUACCCUCACCCCUGUCAACGACCCGACCAUGAAGGUCGAAUGGUUCUUCAAUGGACAGCCCAUUCCUCAAGGCCACCGCUUCCGCACAACCUACGAUUUCGGUUUCGUGGCCCUGGACAUCCUGUACGCCUACCCUGAGGACUGUGGCACGUACAUGUGCAAGGCGACCAACGCCGCGGGCCAGGCUGUGACCUCGUGCAGCAUCAAGGUGGAGGGUACUGGAAGCAUGCAGCUGGGUACUGUAGACGAAGAGCGCCUGCGCAAGAUUCGUCAGCUGGAAGCCAUGGGCCACAAGCACGAAGAAAUCAAGGACCAGGUCUUCCAGAAGCCCGUGUUCACCACUCCUCUCAACAGCGUGGAUAACCUGGUUGAGGGCGAGCGCUGCCAUCUUGAGUGCCGCCUCGAACCCAUCAACGACCCUGAUCUCAAGGUCGAGUGGUUCGUCAAUGGAGUUGAGAUCAAGGCUGGUCACAGGUUCCGCACCACCCAUGACUUCGGCUACGUUGCCUUGGACAUCCUGUACUCUUAUGCUGAGGAUUCUGGCACUUACCUCUGCAAGGCCACCAACAAGAUGGGCGAGGCUGUUAAUUCUUGCAAUGUUACAGUCUCCGCUCGUCGCUCCAUCUACCUGGACACUCAGCACCCAAUGGGCUGGGAGAAAAUCCAAAGCCUGGAACACCGGGGCCGCUACGAGCGCAUCGAAGUCUCUGAUGUGCCCAUGCAGCCACCACGAUUCACAUCUGAGCUUAGGGCCAAUAACACCUUGCUUAACGAGGGCCAGCACGUGCACUUGGAGGGCCGCGUGGAGCCCGUGCACGACCCAAGCAUGAGGGUCGAGUGGUACCACGAGGGCAAGGCUCUGCAGUCAGCCGCUCGUUUCCAUACCACCUUCGACUUCGGUUACGUCGCUCUGGACAUCACCACCGUGUAUGCCGAAGACUCUGGCGAGUACACCUGCCGCGCCUUCAACCACAUGGGCGAGGCUCAGUCCUCUGUCUCCUUCAAGGUGGAAGGCAAGGAGGGCGUGAUCACCGAAUCCGCCCGUCCUGAGGGCCUCGAGAAGAUCCGCGAGUUGGAGGACUCCGCUCGCGUUGGCCGCCAGGUGUCAGAGGAUGUACGCACCUUCCAGCGCCCUGUGUUCACUCAGCCUCUGCAGAACCUGGACAAGCUCACAGAGAACGAGACCGCCCACUUCGAGUGUCGUCUCAUCCCUGUCGGGGAUCCCAACCUCAAGGUUGAAUGGUUCAGGAACGAGAAGCCCAUUGAGACCAGCUCACGUAUCAACCGCACUCACGACUUCGGCUACGUGGCCCUUGACAUCACUGGCGUACGAGCUGACGACGAAGGCAUCUACAUGUGCCGCGCCUACAAUGAUCUUGGCGAAGCUGUCACCACAGCUUCCAUCAAGAUCAAAUCUCACGCCACCAUCCAGAUGGAGACGCAGCAUCCAGAAGGCAUGAAGAAGAUUCAGGCUCUGGAAGAACGCAAACCAACUGGCCGUGGCGAUGAAGCCGACAAGGUUUACGAGAAGCCAGUAUUCACGUCCACCCUGGCUGGACCCGCCCAGAUCAUGGAGGGCCAGAGUGCUCACUAUGAGUGCCGUGUAGUGCCGGUGGGUGACCCCAACAUGAGAUACGAGUGGUACUGCAACGGCGUUGAGCUCAAGAUGGGUUCAAGGUUCAAGACCACCAGUGAUUUUGGAUACGUGACACUGGACAUUCUUCAGUGCGUCGCAGAGGACUCUGGUGUCUACAUGUGUAAGGCCAUCAACCUGGCUGGAGAAGCCGUCAGCUCCUGCUCCACCAGGGUUCUGGCCAAGGACAGCAUCCUGGGCGACGUCCUUCACCCAGGCUGGGAAACUAUCAAGCUCCGCGAGGCUCAGUGGAACCGCGUGCCUCAGACGCCAACCUCUCCCGAGGCUCUGGAGCCACCCAUGUUCACAAAGCACCUGGAGAGCCAAGAGCGCCUUCAGGAAAGUGGCACCUUGCGACUGGAGGCUCAGGUGCAGCCAGCCAACGAUCCUCAUCUUAGCAUCGAAUGGUUCAAGAACAGCGUCCAGCUCGUUACAGGUCCUGGAGGCAUUGUGGGAUCCUACAACGAAGGUACUCGUAUUCGUAGUACCUUUGACUUCGGUCACGUGACCCUGGAGAUCUCAGGGCUGCGUGAGGACGACUCUGGCAUCUACACUUGCAAGGCCGUCAACCGCGUGGGAGAAGCAGUCUCUACCUGCAACAUCAAGGUCUUCGGCCGCGACUGGCUGAUCGGCGACUCCAUGCAUCCCGAGGCCCUGUCCAAGAUUGCGCAGCUCGAACAGCCUGCCGCUGGCCCUGGCUCCCCCGUUGAGCCCACCUUUGACGUGCCGGUGUUCAUCUCGCACUUGAACAAUGUGGAAUGUCGCGAAGGAGACACUGCUCACUUCGAAUGCAAGGUUCAGCCAUGCAGCGACCCAACAAUGAAGAUUGAUUGGUUCAUCAAUGGCAAACCCAUGCAGGCAGCCGCACGUUAUCAGGCUACCUACGACUUUGGCUUCGUGUCCCUCGAUUGCACUCACUGCUACGCCGAGGAUUCCGGCAUCUACAUGUGCCGCGCCACGAACGCCAAGGGCUCAGCCACUACCACUGGCACGCUUACGUGCAUCAGCAAGGCCAACCUCUACUUCGACACCCAGCACCCGCAGGGCAGAGCUGGCCUUGAGGCAGUGGAGGAAGCCGAGCGUGCCUACUGGGCCAAGUACCAGAGGCAGAUGUCUGAACGUGAAGUCUCCUUCCCGAAGCCCUUCUUUGUCAGGCCUCUGCAGACCAACUUCUCCCUUAAUGAGAACCAGGCUCUGCAUAUGGAGGCCAACGUUGAGCCCAAACAGGAUCCUGAUCUUAAGAUCGAAUGGUUCUUGAACGGCAAGGUUCUGGAACAGGCAUCGCGCUACAAGACGAGCUACGACUUUGGUCUUGUCACACUCGACCUCAGUGACGUCUACGAGCGUGACCAGGGUAUCUACACCUGCCGCGCCUACAACAAGGCAGGAGAAGCCUUCUGCACUACCACCGUCGUUGUGGUCGGCAAGGAUGUCCUUAUCGAGGGCACUCAGCAUCCUGCUGGCGAAGCUGGGCUCGAGGCCAUUCAGCGCAUGGAGAACAAGCUCCGCCGCGACGACCGCGCUCUCCCCGACGAGGAAGGCCACCCGCCCGUCUUCACCGUCCCCUUCAAGGACCUGAGCAACAUGGAGGAGGGUGAGAUCGCUCACUUCGAGGCCAUGCUCACCCCCGUCGGCGACGAGUCCAUGAAGGUCGAGUGGUUCUUCAAGGGCGAGGCGCUCAAGGCCUCCCACCGCGUCCGCACAGUGUACGCUUUCGGCAUGGUUGUGCUUGAGAUCUUAGGCACAAAGAUCUCCGACAGCGGAGAGUACACUUGCCGUGCAUCCAACAAGUGGGGUAAGGCUGAAUGUUCCGUCACCCUUGAGUGCGUCGACCGCGCUCAUGGCCAGCCUCCUCGCUUCACCACUCACAUCCAGAACCUGGAGGGACUCAAGGACGGCGACUCUGCCCACUUCGAGUGCACUCUGGUCCCCAUCGGCGACCCCAACAUGAAGGUCGAAUGGUUCCACAACGGCGAGCCACUCCGCAACGCCACUCGCAUCAAAACCGUCAGCGAUUUCGGUUUUGUCGUCCUGGACAUUGCCUACCUGCAGAACCACGAUGCCGGCGAAUGGAUGUGCAAGGCCUCCAACAAGUAUGGCGAAGACACUACCAAGGCAUUCCUGAACUGCUAUGGAAAGGGAGGUGUCUACACAGAGUCACUGCAGCCCGGCUCGCUCGACAAGAUUGCAGCUCUGGAGGGCCAGAAGGCUGGCGUCCAGGCUCCCACUACUCCCGCGGCAGCCGAGCCUCCCAAGUUCAUCACUCAGAUCGCCAGCAUCGAACGUCUGGUUGAGGGACAGAGCGCUCACUUCGAGGCGCGCCUGAAACCCGUGAAUGACCCCAAGCUUGUUGUUGAGUGGUACAAGGAUGGCAAGAAACUUCCUUCUGGCCAUCGCUACAGGACCUUCCAUGACUUUGGCAUUGUUAUCCUGGACAUUCUCUACUGCUACGAGGAAGACUCAGGCGUGUAUGAGGCCCGUGCUGUCAACAAGCUUGGCGAGGACAAGACAACUGCUAACCUGAAGUGCCUUAGCAAGACCAACCUCAUCCUCACACCUCAGGUGCCCAAGGGAAUGGAAGGCGGCCUUCAGAAGCUCCAGACUUUGGAGGACACUGCCUGGAUGCGUCGCGAGUCUGUGACAUCUGACAGAGUAGGCAUGGCACCCAAGUUCACAGUUCCUCUGAAUAACAUUGACAACAUGAAGGAGGGAGAGAAUGCUCACUUCGAGGCCCGCCUUGUGCCAACCGAUGACCCUCGCCUGAAGGUCGAAUGGUACUGGAAUGGAAAGCCAAUGAAGUACAGCUCUCGCAUCCGUCAGUUCUGUGACUUCGGCUUUGUAAUCAUGGAGGUUUCCCCAGUUUACCCUGAGGAUUCUGGUGAGUACAUGUGCCGUGCUUACAAUGACUAUGGUGAGGCUGUUACAAAGGCUUAUCUGAAGUGCGAGGGUAAGCGCUCUGUCAUUCUCGAAAGUCAGCUUCCUAAGUCCAUGCAGAAGGGCAUGGAAAGGAUUGCUGAACUGGAAGGCCUCAUGAUCAAAUCACCUGAUAUGGGCACUCCGACCGACUCUGGACAGCCACCACAGUUCGUGACGCAGCCUCAGGAUUGCACCAUCCUUGAGAACCAGCUGGCGCACUUCGAGUGCCGCCUUCUGCCAGUGGGCGAUCCUUACCUCCGUGUAGAGUGGUAUCAUAAUGGGCGCCCAUUGAGGGCUGGGUCUCGCAUCAAGACCAUCAAUGACUUUGGCUAUGUGAUUCUGGAACUUGCUGGUUGCUAUUCCAAUGAUUCUGGCACUUACACGUGCAGGGCGAUCAAUAAGCAUGGCGAAGCUUCCGUCGAAUGUAAGUUGAUUGUUUCCAGCAAGAGUGGAAUUAUCCUUGAUCCCCAGGCUACUUCCAAGUUCAAGGGAUGCACAGAGUCCAUCCAGAAACUGGAAGAGAGUAUGUACAAGAAGGAGAGGGCUCCCGAUGAGGAAGAGAAGCCGUGCCCACCAAACUUUGUCACUCAGUUGGAGAACAUCACCGACCUGGUUGAGGGACAACCUGCUCACUUCGACUGCCGUGUCGAGCCUGUGGGAGACCCAACUAUGCGCAUCGAAUGGUUCCAUAAUGGUAUGCCACUUGCUGCUGGUUCUCGUGUACACAUGAUGGAUGACUUCGGCUUUGUCGUCCUUGAUCUGGAAUGGACCUUCGCCCGUGACACAGGUGAGUACAUCUGCCGUGCCACGAACAAGUGGGGCCAGGCAACCACCAAGGCCACGCUCAAUGUCCGCUCCAAGCAUGGCGUUGACCUCAGCACGCAGCUGCCUCAGGGCAUGACUGCUGAGAAGCUGAAGGAGCUGGAGCGCGGACCUCUCACUGAGAAGUACGACGCCGAUGCCGAGAUGACUCCCCCCAAGUUCACUGUUCCCAUCAAGAGCCAGAGCAUGCAGGAGGGAGAGCGCGCGUUCUUCGAGGCCCGCGUUGAGCCACGCAAUGAUCCUAAUCUGCGCAUUGAAUGGUACCACAACGGCAAGCCUCUGCAGUCAGGUCACCGCUUCAGGACCAAUUUCGAGCUGGGCCAUGUGACCCUCGAGUUGCUUCACACCUACGCCGAGGACUCCGGUGAAUACGUCUGCCGCGCUUACAACAAGCUCGGACAGGACAUCACCAGGGCUUCUCUUAAAUCCAAGGCCGGCCAGUCCGUUGUGCUGCAGUCACAGGUGCCGAAGGGUAUGAAGACAGGCCAGGACUUCGCUUCGCAGAUGGAGGAAACCCUCAAGAAGUACUGCAAGGAAGUCAUGCUGACACAGGAAGACAUUUACGAGCCCGAGAAGAGGCAGCCACCUCGCUUCGUGACUCACAUCAAGGACGUGAGGGAUCUCCAGGAAAUGGCGGAGACCAAGUUCGACUGCCAGCUGGCUCCUGUCGGCGAUCCGCACAUGAAGGUCGAAUGGUUCUUCAAUGGCCGCCCUCUGCCCUACAAGAACCGCUUCACCCCCAUCUACGACUUCGGCUACGUCGCCUUGGUCAUGAACUGGGUAUUCGGCGAAGACUCCGGCGAGUACCUCUGCCGCGCCACGAACAAGUGGGGCAUGGAUGAGACCCGCGCCACCCUCAAGGCCACAGGGCGCCCCGGUGUCAUCUACGAUUCCCAGAUCCCCAAGGGCAUGCAGUCCCUCGAGAAGAUCAGGGAGCUCGAGGCAUCCUGGUCACAUACCCACGAAUCCCAGGUGGACGAGGAGAAGCCACGCGUGAAGCCCGAAGUUCUGAAGAAGCCCGAGAGCCUGGUGGUACAGGAGGGCGACUGGGCCCGCUUCAGCGUCCGCAUCUCUGGCUACCCCAAGCCACGAGUCAUGUGGAUCGUCAACGGUUCCACUGCCAUGAGCGGUAACCGCUUCAAGAUCUGGUACGACGGACUGUUCCACCUCGACAUCCCCAAGACCCGCCAGUACGACAACGGCAAGGUCGAGGUCAUCUGCCGCAACUCCCUGGGCGAAUGCUACGCCUGCUGCGACCUCAAGGUGAUGCCGCGCCAGGACGACUACCGCGCCGUCCUCAAGAAUUCACCAAAACCCUGGUAUGACUAUGACCUCAAGAGUUACCAGAAGGAACGCCAGGAAACUGAGCUUGACCGCGUCUUCGAGGAGAGGAUCGACAGUGAUUAUUCAAUCGUCCAUGAGUCCAAAUUCGGCGAAUACAUGGCCAGACCAGUCGAUAAGACUGAAGAAACCGAGUGGCAGAAACUCGCUCGUGAGAAGAACGCAGGAGAAAAGAUCAAGCAGCUGGAGGACACGAGGAGGGUGAACCGCAAGAAUAAGGACGUGAAGAUGUUCGCCUCCCCGCUCGAGCACGCAGCCCAGCACUCCCUGGCGAAGGGCAUGGCAUCUCGCUACGAGGAGCAGCUCGACACAGUGUCUGCCAAACAGCAGCAGCCGCUUCAAAGGCCAAAGAGGAUAUUAAGGGAGACCAAGGAUGUGCGCCAUGAGCAACAGUACCCACCAAGGGAGCCCGAGCCCUCCGAGUCGACUGUGCACGGCAAGGAGAUCCACACUGCCACGCAGAAGCAGACUCAGAAGGAGAUCCAGGGAGAUCUUGAGAUCACUCGUAAGAUCACGGCCACAGAGACCACUGAGAUGGAACACACCGGCAAGACUACCGAGCGCAUUGUCGAAGGGCCUCCCCUGAAGCCCGCCAAGCCUCCGUUCUUCACCAGGAAGAUCCAGCCGUGCCGCGUUUUCGAGAGAGAAGGUGCCCGCUUCGAGGUGGAAUUUGACGGCGAUCCCAACCCCACAGUCCAGUGGUAUCGCGAGGACUUCCCCAUCACGAGCUCUCCGGACUUCCAGAUUCAUACCUUCGGCGAUAAGAGCAUCCUCAUGAUCCGUGAAGUCUUUAUGGAAGACUCCGGUGUGUUUGCCGUCGUGGCGGAGAACAGAGGAGGACGUGCGAAGUGCUCGGCGAACUUGGUGGUCGAGGAACGCAAGCAGAGGGGCGCUGGUGCAGUGCCCCCGAGCUUCUACCAGACCAUCCAGGACACCUUCUCGCAGCCAGGCAACCUCGUGAGGCUCGACUCUAAGAUCUCUGGGACGCCGCCGAUCGAUAUUUAUUGGCUCAAGAACGGACGUAAGCUCAUCCAAGACAUGCAUUACAAGAUGGUCAAGGACCAGGACACUUACACACUGCUCAUCAUUGAGGCAGUUGCCGAAGACAGCGGCUCAUACGAAUGUGUCGCCAUUAACAAGGCCGGUGAGGCUCGCUGCCAGGCCACAGUCGAGGUAGCUGGUCCUCGCCCUGCGCAGGCACCAAAGACACCCACCACUCCUGCCGGAGCCACCCAGGCCCCCACCAUUGUACGGAAAUUGCAGUCGCAGAAUGUGCAAGAGGGACAGCGUGCCACCUUCGAAUGCGUCGUGUCGGCAACACCUCAACCUAAGGUACAAUGGAUGAAAGGCAAGGAACCCAUCAAACAGAGCAAGUACUUCACUAUGACAUCUGAUGGCGAAGUGCAUUGUCUGAAGAUCUCUGAAGCCUUCCCUGAGGAUGAGGGCAACUACUACUGUAUCAUUUCCAAUACCAUCGGCAAGGUCACUCUGGAGGCUAACCUGCAGGUAGUACAGCCUCAGCAAGCAGAGGUGGCUCCCAGCGUUGCUCCCUUGGAAGAUGUAACAAUUGAAGAAGGCGAAGGCGUUCGCUUUAACACUGUCGUGAUUGGAUCUCCCAUGCCCUCCGUGCAGUGGUACCGAGAAGGUGCUCUUAUACCACACUCCAGGGAUUUCGAGAUGUUCAUGGAGGGCAACACCGCCGUCCUGGACAUUAAGCUGACUUACCCGGAGGACACCGGCAUCUUCACCUGCCGUGCCACCAACUCUGCGGGGCAGGCAGAGACCUCCGCCAUGCUCACGGUUAAAACACGCAGCAAGGACAAGCCCAGGGGCGAGCCGCCCAAGUUCCUCGUGCCACUGCAGCCGCAGAAGGUGAAGCACGGCGAAAAGGUGGUUCUGGAGACCUCCGUCAGAGGCCUCCCAACACCCCGGGUGAUCUGGUAUCACCUUGACAAGGAAGUGGUGCCCUCGCCGGAGUUCGUGCAGGAGCAUGACACCACUACAGGACGCGUUGUCCUCACCAUCAACGAGGUAUUCAUCGAUGACAAGGGGCUGUACCGCUGUCUGGCCGUCAAUGAGUUCGGCCGCGACGAGACAGCUUCCUAUGUCACCGUGGAAGACAUAGAGGUGCUAGAGAAGUGUGAGCUGCGACAGGCACCGCGGAUCACACUUCCACUACAACCUCAGAUCCUUAAGAAACAUUCUUCUCUUGACUUGCUUGCGCGCUAUGAAGCCUUCCCUCCCCCGACUGUUAAGUGGUACCACCAGGGCAAGGAACUUAAGCCUUCACGAGACUACAUAAUCGAAACAAUCGAAGACGAAACGAGCCUCCAUGUCGAGGAGGUAUUUGAAGACGAUUACGGAGAGUACGAAGUUCGGAUUUUCAACGAAGUUGGUGAAGCGAGGACAGUUGCCUCUGUUAUUAUUACCCAGCCUCUGGAGGUUGUGCAGAUGGAGCCGCCCAAGUUCAUAAAGCCGCUACAUCCACAAAUUGUUCCUGAAGGUGAGGUAGCAAUUCUCGAAGCUGAAGUCACAGCCAAGCCUGAAGCUGAAUUCAAAUGGUAUAGACACGGCCAGGAGAUCACACACGACGAGGAGAUUGAGGUACAGAUAACAAGCAACAACAAUAAGUCUUCACUGGUUUUGGGUGAACUCUUUGAGGAUGAUUCUGGGGACUACACAGUUACUGCCCAGAACCCCGUUGGUAGAGCGUCAUCAACCGCAACCCUGUUAGUGGAAGGUGAGGGUGAUGAGGAAGCUGAGCCGCCUUCAUUUGACCCUCCGCUGACGCCCAUUCGUGUGAUGGAUGGCGAAGAGGUGCGGUUCAGGUGCAAGGUCACAGGCAAGCCCAUGCCGAAGCUGACCUGGCUCCAAAAUGGACGGCCCAUUGCUCACCAUCGGGAGGUGCGCCUUACGCAGACUCCCGACGGGAAAGCUGGCCUCCAGAUACUUGAAGUGUUCCCUGAAGACGCCGGAGACUAUACAUGCAUCGCUCGAAACAAAGCCGGCGAAGCGAGGACUACCGCGAACCUGGCCGUUGAAUCUUAUGAAUAUGUACCUGACUCAGAGGCGGCAACUACCACCUCUGUAUCCGAGAAGAACAUCUUCUCAGGCCCAGUUUCAGAGGAAGAAGAAACAAUUGAGAUCGAGAAAGACACAGAAUCGGACAGUUCAGAGGCAGGCUCCGCGCCAUACUUCUGUAACAGACUUGAACAGAAAAUAGAGGUGGUCGAAGGAACCUCUGUACGACUGCUGGUCAAAGUUACUGGUUAUCCUCGUCCGACCAUUAAGUGGCACACAGAUGGAGUUGCAGUUGAGGUGACUGAAACUCGCACUGUGGAAACAUACGAAGAUGGCACAUCUGCCUUAACUCUGCACAGAACUACUUUGGAGGACUGUGGCGAAUACGUGUGCGAAGCCAUGAACAGAAAUGGUGUAGACACAACCGUCACUACCCUGGUGGUCCUCCCGGAGCACACAGAGGGAACGUCCGCAUCCUACCGAAAGCCUGAAUGGGUAACUCGAAUGGAGGAGCUAAAGGAGGCGAUGUCAGGUGAACAAUACCGACCACACUUUACGAAAGAAAUUACGAACUCACGAGUAAGGGAAAUGGAAACCAUCACAUUUACUGCACAUUUCCGUGGUAAUCCUAAGCCAGAUAUCACAUGGUACCACAACUCAAAGAUUAUUCGUCAGCAACAGUGUUAUCAGAUGAGAGUACGCAAUGAAAAGGCAAUGUUAACUAUUGUUGAAGCUAGACCUGAAUUUAGGGGAGAAUAUUCCUGCCGUGCAGCAAACUCUGAAGGAGAAGUUUUUACCAAAGCUCAUCUUGAUGUCAUUGAACUAACAUAUGAAGAGAAGCUGAAGGUAAGCAAUGAGAGAUAUGCAGCUGUGAACAUCCAACAUGCUGCUGAACAUAUGAAGGAGAAGGAGAGAGAACGUUCACUCAAGCAAAAGAAAGAGCAUGAGGAAGCAAUGGCCAGACUUAAGCAAGAAAAGGUGAACCGUCAGGCUCAGCGCCAGCAGGAGCUGGAGGAUGCCAAAAAGAAUGUCUGGAGGCCUAAGGUUGUUGAAGAGGUAAAGGAAGUAAAGAAAACUCCAAAGGAACACUGCGUUGCUGAAUUAUAUAGCAACUGGAAAUCAGCAGUUUCAUUUGAGGAUAAUUAUCCAGAACUUGAGCCUAAUGAAUUUGCUCCAAACCAGAUCCCUGGUGUCAAAUGCUUUGUGAAAGUUUCAGAGACUUCCAUCAAGGGAGAGGAAGUUGUCAGGGAGGUAGCACCUCAAUUCUUUGAAGAUGAGCAAAUUAUUCAUGAAUUGGCUAAGGUUCAUACACUACUGAAGAACAGUGUUAGAGUCAAUGAGAUCUGGUCAAUGUUCCGUGCUGGCGAGUUCAAAGCCCUUCAGCAACCAAACAUUCAGAGCGCUCUUGUCAAGGUUUGCGAGUACAUUGGUCACCAAAGAAAUGUGUCCAUUGUGCUGGCUGAAGAAAUCCAGGAACAGGCCAAGAAGCAUCCUGUUGGUCUCAAGGCUUUCUUGCGUAUGCUUAAAUAUGCUAAGAACGUCAAGCCUGAUACACUCUUCAAGGAUGUCAUCCCUCGAGAGAUGGGCAAGUGGUCAUCAACCACUCAGGAGUUGACCGAAGUAUCACAGAUGUUGAACAAGGGCAUCCAGACCGAGGAAAUCAUUGCAUCAUGUGUGGCUGGUAAACUACCAACUUUGAAGAAGCCUGAGACACAACAACCUCUUGUCAACAUUGUGGAGAAGCAUGGCCAUUCUGUCAUGGUUGCUCAGGUGCUGGUUGAAGAGGCUUAUCGUGAUGCUAAGGAUGAGAGGGUGCUGGCAGAACAGGCCUGGGAAGUCAUUCAUGAGCAGGAGAUGACGAUGGCUGAGGUAUCUGAAGUCAGGACAGCACAUCAGAAACCAACACCUGCAGUAGAGGAAAAACCAACAUCUGUUCUAGUAGAGCAAAAGCCAACACCUGCUCCACCACAACAGAAACCAACACCUGCUCAGGUUGAGCUAAAAUCAACUCCUGCUCCAUCACAGCAGAAACCUACACCUGUUCCAGCACAACAAAAACCAACACCUGCUCAAAUAGAGCUUAAACCAACACCUGCUCCAGUAGAGCUAAAACCAACACCUGCUCCAGUAGAGCUAAAACCAACACCUGCUCCAGUAGAGCAAAAAGCAACACCUGCUCAAGCAGAGCUUAAACCAACACCUGCUCCAGCACAAGUGGAGCAAAAACUGAAACCAGCUCCAGCACAAUUAAAACCGACAUCUAUUCCAGCACAACAGAAACCAACACCUGCAGUAGAGGAAAAAACAACAUCUGUUCCAGUAGGGCAAAAGCCAACACCUGCUCAGGUUGAGCUAAAACCAACACUUGCUCAAGCACAGCAGAAACCAACACCUGCUCCAGCACAACAGAAACCAACACCUGCUCAAAUAGAGCUUAAACCAACACCUGCUCCAGCACAACAAAAACCAACACCUGCUCCAGUAGAGCUAAAACCAACACCUGCUCAAGUAGAGCUUAAACCAACACCUGCUCCAGCACAACAGAAACCAACACCUGCUCCAGUAGAGCAAAAACCAACACCUGCUCCAGUAGAGCUAAAACCAACACCUGCUCCAGUAGAGCAAAAACCAACACCUGCUCCAGUAGAGCUAAAACCAACACCUGCUCCAGUAGAGCAAAAACCAACACCUGCUCCAGCACAACAGAAACCAACACCUGCUCCAGUAGAGCAAAAACCAACACCUGCUCAAGUAGAGCUUAAACCAACACUUGCUCCAGCACAACAGAAACCAACACCUGCUCCAGUAGAUCAAAAACUAACACCUGCUCCAGCACAGCAGAAACCGACACUUGAUACAGUAGAUGAUAAGCCAACAUUUGCUGUAGUACAAUUGAAACCAACUCCUCUAGCAGAACAAAAACAAGCACCUACAGUAGAGCAAAAACCAACACCUAUUCCAGCACAAGAGAAGCCAACACCUGCUCUGAUAGAGCUAAAACCUGAAUUAACACCAGUACCUGAGACAUUACAAAUUACUAGUCCAAAGAUAACAGAAGAAAAAGUAAUGCCAAUUGUUGAGAAACUUAAACCUACACCAACACCCACAGAAUCCAAGCCAACACCAAAGCCAGCUGAGGUGAAACCAAAACAAGCUGUUGAGGAAGAACCAACUGAACCUUUGCCUAAACUAAAACCAGUUCAGCCAAAACCAACACCAAAACCAGCAGAAGAAGAAACUGUUGAACUUAAACCAACACUAAAGAAACCAACACCAAAACCAGAAGAAAUAAAACCAACACUAAAGAAAGUACAACCUAAACCAACACCAGAACCAACAGCAGAAGAAACAGUUCAGCUUAAACCUACACUAAAGAAAGUAGAGCCCAAACCAACACCAGAAGAAGAAAUUGUUGAACUUAAACCAACACUAAAGAAACCAACACCAAAACCAGCAGAAGAAGAAACUGUUCAACUCAAACCAACAUUAAAGAAAGUUGAACCUAAACCAACACCACAACCAGAAGAAACUAAACAAACACUAAAGAAAUUAGAGCCUAAACCAACACCAAAACCAACAGAAGGAGAAACAGUUGAACUCAAACCAGUACCAAGGAAAGUUGAACCCAAACCAACACCUGAACCAGAACAUAAACCAACACUAAAGAAAUUAGAGCCUAAACCAACACCAGAAGAAGAAACUGUUGAACUUAAACCAACACCAAAGAAACCAACACCAAAACCAACAGAAGAGGAAACAGUUCAGCUUAAGCCAACACUAAAGAAAGUAGAGCCAAAACCAACACCAGAGGAAGAAACUGUUGAGCUUAAACCAACACUUAAGAAACUUACACCAAAACCAGCUGAAGAAGAAACGGUCCAGCUUAAACCAUUUAAGAAAGUAGAGCCUAAGUCAGAGGAAGAAGAAACUGUUCAACUUAAACCAACACCUAAGAAACCAACACCAAAACCAACAGAGGAAGAAACUGUUCAACUUAAACCAAUAAAGAAAGUAGAGCCAAAACAACCAGAGGAAGAAACUGUUCAACUUAAACCAACACCUAAGAAACCAACACCAAAACCAACAGAGGAAGAAACUGUUCAACUUAAACCAUUAAAGAAAGUAGAGCCAAAACCAACACCAGAAGAAACUGUUCAACUUAAACCAAUAAAGAAAGUAGAGCCAAAACCAACACCAGAAGAAACUGUUCAACUUAAACCAACACCUAAGAAACCAACACCAAAACCAACAGAGGAAGAAACUGUUCAACUUAAACCAAUGAAGAAAGUAGAGCCUAAACCAACAGAGGAAGAAACUGUUCAACUUAAACCAACACCUAAGAAACCAACACCAAAACCAACAGAGGAAGAAACUGUUCAACUUAAACCAUUAAAGAAAGUAGAGCCAAAACCAACACCAGAAGAAACUGUUCAACUUAAACCAUUAAAGAAAGUAGAGCCAAAACCAACACCAGAAGAAACUGUUCAACUUAAACCAAUAAAGAAAGUAGAGCCUAAACCAACAGAGGAAGAAACUGUUCAACUUAAACCAACACCUAAGAAACCAACACCAAAACCAACAGAGGAAGAAACUGUUCAACUUAAACCAUUAAAGAAAGUAGAGCCAAAACCAACACCAGAAGAAACUGUUCAACUUAAACCAACACCUAAGAAACCAACACCAAAACCAGCAGAGGAAGAAACUGUAGAUCUUAAACCAAUAAAGAAAGUAGAGCCAAAACCAACACCUAAACCAGAAGAACAAAAACCAACACUAAAGAAAGUACAACCUAAACCAACACCUGAACCAAAAGAAGAAGAAACAGUACAGCUUAAACCAACAUUAAAGAAAGUAGAGCCCAAACCAACACCUAAACCAGAAGAGGCCAAACCAACACCAAAACCAGAAGAGGCCAAACCAACACCUAAACCAGAAGAGGCCAAACCAACACUUAAACCAGCUGAGCCUAAACCAACACCUAAACCAGAAGAGCCCAAACCAACACUUAAACCAGCUGAGCCUAAACCAACACCAAAACCAGAAGAGGCCAAACCAACACCUAAACCAGAAGAGCCCAAACCAACACCUAAACCAGAAGAGCCCAAACCAACACCUAAACCAGCAGAGCCUAAACCAACACCAAAACCAGAAGAGCCCAAACCAACACCAAAACCAGAACAGGUCAUUGAACAACAACAGGAUCAGGUUCCAUGGAGAAAGACUGUUGUUCAGGAGGAAAUUAAAACUGUUCAGCUACAACCUACACCUAUUCCAGAGCGUCCUGAAACCGCACCUGCUGCGCCAAAGCCUGUCCAGCAGCAAGCAACACAGCAGGUGACACAGCAAGUCACACAGCAGAUGACACAGCAAGUCACACAGCAGGUGACACAGCAGGGAACACAGAAGGUGACAAAGGUAGUGACACAGGAGUUUACUGAGCCAGAAAAGACUACCACUAUGAUAGUUCAGAAAGUCUCACCCCAGGUUAUACAGGAAACCACACAACAAAUUACACAGCCAAUUCAACAGCAAAUUAUUAAAAAGACAGUUGUUCAAGAGACCCAUAUUGAACAGCCAAAAGAGAAAGUAACUAUACAGAAGGUCACAACUGUUGCAGAACCACAGCCUGCUUUACAAAAAACUGAAGAGACCAUAGUAAUGAAGCAACCAAAAAUGACCCAGCAGACGGCUAAGGUCUCACAACAAACUCAAGUUAUGCAGAAGGUUGCUGUGCAGAAGACACAAGUACUGCAACAAGAGAAGGUCACAGAAGAACAGCCUGUGAUAACUCAAGAAGUUCGAGAAGUCAAGAAACCUAAAGUUGUCGCAGAGAAAGCUAUGAUUGUUGAAGAACCAAAGGUUCUGGAGAAAACUACUGUAAUUCAACAGCCUACACUGGUCCAGCAGGAAAUUAUGACUGCUGAGAAACCAGAAGAAAUAAAGGAAGUUACUACAAGAGUGGUGACAACAAAAGCUGAAGUCAUUCAAGAACCACAAGUGCUGCAGACAACUGUAGUUCGAAAACCAGUUGUGGUGCAAAAAGAAAUGGUAGUUGUCCAAGAACCAGAAACAACAGUAGAGGUUUCCUCAGGACUCAAAGUUACAGAGAAAGCUGAAAUAAGUUUAGAACCCAAGAUCUUGCAAAAGACAAUUGUUACUCAGCAACCAACUCAAGUAGUAAGUUAUGAGGAGAUGACAAAGCAAGAAUCAGUUGCUCCAUUUUCAGAGAAUGUAAAACUGCAACCAUCUCAUGAGCAACGCGUCACUGUUCAUAAGGAAACCAUUCUUGAGAAACCCAAAGAACAGAUAGUACCUACUAUGCAACAUGAAAAGCAGGUUGUGGUUGAACAAAAACAAGUUCAACAAACUGUGCAAAAGGCAGCUGUACAGCAAGAACAACAGAUGACUGUGCAAAUGCAAAAAUCACAACAGGUGACUCAGCAGGUGCAACAAACACAACAGGUGACUCAGCAGGUGCAACAAACACAACAGGUGAAGCAGAAGGUGCAACAAACACAACAGGUGGCGCAGCAGGUGCAACAAACACAACAGGUCACUGUACAGAAACAACAAACUGUACAGCAGAAGACACAACAGAAGGUCGUCACACAGGAACAACUAAUCAUUGAACAGCAGAAACCAGUGCCAACCCCUCAGACCCCUCUCACACUGCUCACGGAAUUGGAACAACAAGAAACUAUUCCAGAACACUUGGCUGAUACUCUCCAGAUAGCCCCCAGACCUGCUCCCUCACAUGCUGAAGUACAUGAAGAAGAACCAACACACAAAGCAGAAGUUACACAACCUCACACAGAGUUGUGUGUGCCAGGCUUUAAGGCUUUGGUUCGACUUGCAACAGACAACCAACUUGACCUGGAAACAGUUGAUCUAAAACCAACUGAGAAAAUUACAUUUGAAAAAGAUAUUGGCAAGCUAAGUUUCCACUUAAAGAAAGGGGUACAAGUUAAUGAACUGAUGACAAUGUUGAAAGAAGGUGAGUUCAAGACACUUAAACAGGAGACUCAUCAAGCUCAGCUCUUAGAAGUUGCAAACAGAAUGGAAAGAGCUACAGUGACAAAAGUCCUUGUACAGGAAGCUUCUGACAGACGUGAUCGCAAUAUUGGCCUAAAAUCUGUGAUGCGUACAAUAGAAACUGGAAGGGAAUCUAUGGAGCAAAUAAUCAUGGAUGUUUCGAAAGAAUUUGGGCCAUCAUCUGAGCCUGUAAAGGAAAUUGCUGCUGUUGGACAUCUUCUACAGGAAGGUGUAAAAUGUGAUGAGGUUGUCACAUUAGUUGAAGCAGGUCUCCUACCAAGUCUGAAAAAGCCACAGUCACAGAUGCCUCUUGUCUCAAUGGUGGCUGAAAAGGGUCACGUAGGAAGUGUGUGUGAGGUUCUUGUAGAAGAGUCAGCAAGGGAAAUGAAGAAGCCCAAGCCCAAGUUUGAGGCUGCACGUAUGUCAGAAGUUAAAGAAAUGUUGAAGAAGGCAAAGGCUGAAUCUGUUGAUGUGAAGACCUUCACCCCGGAGAUGGUUCCUGGUGUACAAGCUUAUAUUCGUAUGGCUCAAGAGGAGAAUGUUAACAUUGAAGAAGUCGUUCAGAAGACAGCGUUAGAACCAAAGCUAAAAGAAGAAGUUGCCAAGAUUGGUAUGAUGGUAAAACAUGGUGUGAUGGCCCAAGAUGUUAUCACUCUAAUGGAGGCUGGUGAAUUCCCACAGCUUAUGAAAUUAGAAGCACAAGCUCAACUCCUAAAUGUUGUGGAGGAGUUUGGAUUCAAGGCAUUAGUUAAUGAAGUUUUGGUUGAGCAAGUUCAACAAGCAGUUCAGAAGACUGAGAAGUCUAUUGGAGUCAAGUCAUUUAUGCGCAUGAUGAAAGAAGCUAAUGUCAAUGUUGAAGAAAUUAUUACAGAACAGUUUGCCAAAGAGUUUGCUCCUGAAAUCAGAGAACCUGUGACACAGGAGAUGGCAAAGGUCAGUGUGAUGCUCAAGGAGGGUGUCCAGGCUGAGGAAAUUAUGUCUAUGGUAGAAGCUGGACAACUGCCAACCUUAAGAAAACCUGAGACCCAAAUCCCUCUCAUCAAUGUAGUAGAAGAACAAGGACAUAGUGCAAUCGUCUGCCAGGUUCUCAUUGAAGAUUCAGUCAAGGAGAUUGUACAAGAGCUUCCUAAGGUGGACGUUGCAUCUGUUACAUCUGUUGAAAGCCUCCAGUCGGCAUCAGCAUCGCAGGUUGAAGUCAGAGCAUAUGAACUUGCUCCACCUCUGCAAGUGAAGUUCAAUGACCAGCUGCGUGCCACAGCAACUUACGUGUGUGAGACAGACCAACAGAAUGCCAUGCACCUCGUUGAGGGUGAGCGUGUCUAUGUGCAAGAAUCAACCAACAGUGACUGGUGGUUUGUCAAAAAACACUUGACUUUGGAGCAAGGUUACGUUCCUGCUAAGCUUUUGGCAGAAGAGACCUCUUACACUCAUUACGUCCAGCAGAAACUAGCAGAAAAGAUCAGCAAGCUCCCUGUGUUUGACAAACUGAAGAAGGGCCAAAAGGCAGAACCUCCUACAAUAGUGACAAAAAUCCAGCCAUCAAUAAUAGCUGAUGGAAAAGAAGCCCAGUUUGUCUGCAAGGUCCAGGGUACUCCACGACCUACUAUUACCUGGUUCAGACAGACUGCUAUUAUUAAGCCAUCUGAUGAGUUCCAGGUGUUCUACUCUGAUGACAACACUGCUACACUGGUCAUUAAGGAAGUAUUCCCUGAGGAUGCUGGUAUGUUCACCUGUGUGGCCAAAAAUGAAUUUGGCUACUCUUCUUGUAGUGCUGAGCUUGUUGUGGAAGGUCCUAUCAGUGACCAUGGUAGUGAGUCCAUGAUGGCCUCACGCCGUAGCCUGAGCAGAGAAUCUUCUGUCUGUGAUUACCUGGAGGGCAUUCCACCAACAUUUGCAGAUAAGCCAAAGAUCAAGACAGUUGAGGAAGGAGCUCAACUUGAAAUGGAUGUCCGUCUUGUGGCCAUCCCAGAACCUGAGAUUACAUGGAAGAAGAAUGGACAGGUUAUCAGGGAUUCUCAGCAUCUACGCAUUGUGAAGCAGAAGGAUGUCCAUGCAUAUCGUUCUAUCAUUAUCAUCAAGGGAGUGAAGAAAGAGGAUGAAGGACAAUACGAGGUUAUUGUCAAGAACCGUGAAGGAGAAGCCAGGAAUCAAAUUACACUUAAAGUUACUGCACCUCAGGCUCCUGCCUUCCAAGAGAAGUUUGGAGACCAGAGUGUAGAGGCUGAAGGAACAAUUCGACUUGUUGCAAAGAUUCGUGGUGUCCCAGCACCUGAUGUUACCUGGAGCAGGAAUGGCAAAAAGCUCAAGGUGGAGAAGAAUGUAGUAAUGACCUUCCAAGAGGAGCUGGCUGUGCUGGAGAUACGUAAUGUCACUCCUAAAGAAGAUUCAGGCAAAUACACAUGCACAGCCACCAAUAAGGUUGGCAAGGCCACACACUCAGCUAAUAUAACAGUGGGCAUCGAUGUUGUUACCUUCAAACGUGGUUUGGAGUCAUGUGUUGUUGAUGAGAACUCUGAAGUUAUUCUGGAGUGCCGCACCUCUAAGGAAAAACAGUGCACUUGGUACAAGGGUAACACUGAACUCAAGAGCAGUAAGACCAUGCACAUUGAGCACGAAGGUCUUACUCAUCGUUUGGUCAUCCAGUCAGCUACUAUGGGUGAUUCUGGCAAAUACAGCUGCAAAUUUGACAACCAGUCUACUUUCUGUAACCUUACUGUGAAAGGUGUUGAUGACUUUGUUGAGAGGAUCCAAGAUGUCGAGGUCCAGGAAAGGGAACAAGCCAUCCUGCAGGUUGACGUCAGCAGUGAGAAGGCCACUGUUACCUGGCACAAGGAUGGUGAGGAGAUCACAAGCAAGACAAACCGCUUUAAACUGGUCAGUGAGGGCAAGAGGAGGAAGCUGAUUCUUACAAGUGCCACCUUGGCUGAUGAGGGUGAAUACACUUGUGUCCUGGGUGACCAGGAAUGUACUGCUGAGCUCACUGUACGAGAACUGCCUGCUGAGAUUGUUAAAAAGAUGAAGGACCAAGUGGUCUCAAAGGGCAACAGAGCCACCAUGGAGGUUGAACUUACAAAGGGUGAUGCUGUCAUUACCUGGUAUAAGGAUGGUAAGGAAAUUCGUUUCUCUGAUCAUUACCAACUCUCCAUUGAUGGCAAGAUCCAGAGACUAAUGGUGUAUAACUGUCAACUUGAAGACAGUGGUGUUUACCGUGCUGUUGUGGGCAAGAGUGAAUGUUCUGCCUCACUUAAGGUUGAGCUGCAAGCAGAGGGAGACUUCUCUAAGAAAUUACCAGCACAGAUGGAUGUGAAUUACAAGGCAGAUGCUACAUUUGUGGUUGAAAUCACAAAGGAAUAUGAUGUUAAGUGGUACAGGAAUAAUGAACAGAUUGUAAGCUCUGACAAAUACAUCAUGAAGAAGGAAGCCAUGAAGAGAAUCUUGAUUGUUAAGAGUGUGACUCAAGCUGAUGUGUUUGAGUAUUCCUGCAUCCUUGGUAACCUCAAGACAUCUUGCAGACUUAAUGUUGUCCUGAUGGAAACUGCUCCAAAGAUCGAGAAGCAGCACCAGAAGGCUGAAAUUGUUGUUACAAAGGGAAAAGAUGCUACUCUUACUGUGCCUUUUACUGCUACUCCAGUUCCCAGGAUCUCUUUGUAUUACAAGGGUCAGCUUGUAGAAACUGCAAAGACGCAGAAGAUCCUGCCAGCUAUAUCUGAGAAUGUGGCCAAUAUUACUAUAAAACAGGUAGAAAAUAUUGACUGUGGAGAGUAUAGGCUCAAGUUGAGCAAUGACUGUGGAGAUGCAUAUGCAGAGUUCACUGUUAAGAUCCUCGAUAAGCCAUCAUCACCUGGUUGUCCUGAGCCAAUGAAAGUUACCAAUGAUUCUGUAACCUUGCACUGGACCAUGCCACAAGAGGAUGGUGGACGAGUUAUUAUCAAUUACGUAAUUGAAUACAGGACCAAGAGAGAGGAGAAAUGGAUUGUGUAUAACAAAGACUAUAAGGUUACUGAAAGCACUGUUGUGGUUCAGCAUCUGACUAAGGACGAGGAAUACAGCUUUAGGGUUUCUGCUGUCAAUGAAAUUGGAACCUCUGAAGUCUCUAGGAGUUGUGAGUUUGUCAAGGUUUCUGAGCCAGUGAGGGCUGAACCUCCUAUGGUAAAAGAACAACUUCAGGCUGUUGUGAGUGGCCUUCAUCAAGAGGUCAUCCUCCGCUGUGUUGUUACAGCCACACCUGCACCCAAAAUUGAAUGGCUCAGAGAUGGCAAAGCUAUUUCUGGAUUUACUAAGUAUGAAAACUUCACUGCCACAUUCACAAUCAAGCAGACUAAUGAAGAUUCUGGUGGCAUGUACACCUGCCGUGCUAGUAAUGAAGCUGGUAUGGCAGAGUGUUCUGCUACUGUUGUCAUUCAAGAGGCACCAAGAUUUGAUUAUGAUGAAAAACAGCAGUGUCAACGUCUACAUGUGGGUGAAAAAUGGCAUGUCCCCAUUCAGGUCAUUGGCUAUCCAAGACCCAGGAUCAAUUGGUCUCGCAAUGAUCAACCACUCGGGUCCUCUCAGCGCAUUGUGAUUCAUACUGAAGAAUCUGAGGGAAUGACAGAUAUUGCCAUUCAGAAGUUGUCAAUGGAGGAUUCUGCUGUGUAUACCUUAACAGCAGAAAAUUCUGCUGGACGAUCUCAGCUGAGCUUUAAUCUCAGAGUUGUUGAAGAGGAAAGGGAAUCCCAAGUGUGUGCUCUUGAGGUUAUUGAAGAAGAAGUUAAAAGGGAGCGCCCAGCACCACCUAUGGGACCUCUCAGGGUUAGUGAAGUGACUUCUUCAUCACUGAGACUAACAUGGGAAGCUUCACCGUAUGAUGGAGGUAUGGAGAUCACUUCCUACUACAUUGAAAAGCUUGAGAAGACCCAGAAGCAUUGGCAGAAGGUAGCAGAGGUUGGCGCUUCUGUGAGGACAUAUGUUGUCAUGGAGCUGGUUGAAGGUCAUGAAUACAUGUUCAGGGUGUUUGCUGUCAAUGCUCUUGGAAUUUCCGACUCCCUGGAGGUUUCUGAAACCAUUCUCAUCAAGAGUCCAUUUGACAAGCCAGGUCCUCCAAUUGGUCCCUUCGACGUGAACAACAUUACUGAAUCAUCUAUUUUGCUACACUGGGAUGAGCCUGACUCAGAUGGUGGUUCACCUAUCACUCACUACAUUCUGGAAAAACGUGAAUCCACCAAGAAAGCAUGGACAAAGGUUGGCCAGACCACAGCAGAUGUCACCCAGAUGGAGGUUACAGGGCUGAAGAGAGGUGUAGGCUACUGCUUCAGAGUGUUUGCAUUCAAUGCAGUUGGUCAAGGACCUCCUCUACAGCCUGAAGAGCCGAUCACAGCAGGCAAGAAGAUCACUCCUCCAUCAAAGCCCAACAGCCUUCAGGUGAUAGAUGUUACUACCAAGACUGUGACCCUUGCUUGGGCACCUCCAACUACUACAGGAGGAGCUGACCUGAUGGGUUAUGUAAUUGAACGAAGACUGAUCUCAGAAAAGAAAUGGGAGAGGGUUGACACUGUGGAUGCUUCUGUGACUUUGUACUGCGUAGAGAACUUGCAAGAAAAAUCUGAAUAUGAGUUCAGAGUGUUUGCUGAGAAUCCAGUCGGUCUUAGUCUAGAAGCUGCAAUGACAGAGCAAGUCAGGCUUAAGACUCAUGCAAUGCCACCAUCACCACCAACUGCACCACUGGAAGUUCGUCCUACAGGCCCCAAUAGCCUCAUGAUUGAGUGGGGAGCACCUGAGAGUGAUGGUGGUGCUCCAUUGUUAGGAUAUAUCAUUGCCAUCAGAGACAUCAAGAGAACCAUGUGGAUUGAAGUAGGCCAAGUUGGAGCCAACUUCACUAGGUUACACAUCAAAGAGUUGCAGGAGGAACAUGAGUACCAUGUCAGAGUGUUUGCUCGUAAUGAAGUGGGCACAAGUGAUCCUCUGGAAACUGAAGAUCCUGUGAAGGUUAUCCGGCCAGCUGACUUCACGGAGCUGCCUGAGGAUGAUAAUGCGCCUUCACUGUCCUACUCCACGACGGAGACACUCUCCUGGAUGCGGGAGGCUGGCAUGGACGCGGAUAUCUACUCUUAUGCUCGUGGUCGCCUCCUGAACAGAGACGAAUACUUCUUCAAAGUCUGGCACCGCGGGAUGGACAAAUACGAAGAGAAAAAAUAAUAUGUCAGAAAUAUUUUUAUUAUAAUUUUUUAAUAGGAAACUCUUAGUUAAGUACUGUAUUGUUGAAAAUAUAAUUUUAUUUGUUAAUUUCUGUUAAUGUAUAUUGCCGAUUACGGAGACAUGUCUCCUUUGAGAUGAUCAGGUGAUGGGGUUGGUGUCCAAUCUCUCACCUGUUAUGGAGAAUACCCUUUUAAGGAACUGAAGUUGUACUUACUAUUUACUGAUGAUCGUCAUAUUUUUGUCAGUGAUUCUCGAUUAUGUGUACUAUAAUGGCUCCAGGUGUCCACAAUAAGGAGGAUAUCGGAAGCCACCCUUGGAAGACUUGUGCGCCAUAAGGUGUUCGGUCCUGGACUUCCCAGUAGGAACUUUCGCUCUGGUCCUGUUUUGACAUCAUCAUCAUUACCCUGAGAUGUUCACCUGUGCACCCAGUAAAACAGACCCGGAAGUUUCUAGCUGUGAUAUUCCCAAAUGGCCCAAAUAUACCAUCAUAUAGAUAUUUUCUUUUAGUAUUGCGGGCCUAAAUUCCAACCCGUGGACCAAAUCUUGUGGCAGUACAACUCUAAAUGACUUUGAUACACGAAUCCCUUAUUUUGUGUACUGUAUAGAUUUUGUCAUUGUAUUGUCUUGCUCGUGACUCAGGAUUAAAUGUAAUCAUUUCUAUUUAUAAAUGAUCGUAUCACUGAACGCGAAUGUGUCCAUAUUAGUCUCAUCAUAAAUAUGUAUGACCUUAGCUGUUUUGUGGUGAAUGUACUGUGAUAAGCGAAACUUACCUAAGUCGACUGCGUGCUUGCAUAAGAAAAUAUCUAUUGUUUUUUUUCUUGUGUUGCCUUGUUUAUUUCCCCAAAUUUUGUGACCUAGCUGACAAGCCUUAGUGAACAUUGUGUGUCAGGAGCCAUACUGCUGCUGCGAAAAACUACCAUCUCUUUGGCCCGACCACAAAGUCCAGUAAGUUUUGGCAGCUAAGGUCAGCUUACUAAAGUCAAGUGGAUGGUCACUGUUUUUUCACAAAUGCUGCUGCAACAUAUAACCAUCAAUAUUUUUGUGGGGCAGUGGCGAUUCACUUGGCUGCCAGUUUGACUAGGCUUGUUGUGUAGAAUGAUGAUAAUAAACGGUUUAGCUGA